AAUUUCAAAGGAAGCUCUUUGGGCUAUACCAUUCAACAACAGUCUAUAAUCCAUCUGUAAUGUUCUAAGAUACCAAUAACCAAGAAAUUUCUCAUAAGACAUGAGCCACUGAUGAUGGGGGAUUGGAACUUGCUGGGCAGCAUCCUAGAGGAAGUGCAUAUCCAUUCCACCAUCGUGGGCAAAAUCUGGCUCACUAUCCUUUUUAUAUUCCGCAUGCUGGUGCUGGGAGUGGCUGCUGAAGAUGUUUGGGAUGACGAGCAGUCUGAGUUCAUUUGUAACACCGAGCAACCUGGCUGCAGCAAUGUCUGUUAUGACAAAGCCUUCCCCAUCUCUCUGAUCAGAUACUGGGUGCUACAGAUCAUCUUUGUCUCUUCCCCAUCCCUAGUCUAUAUGGGGCAUGCACUUUAUAGACUUAGGGCCCUGGAGAAAGAGAGGCAAAAGAAGAGAGCUCAUCUCAGAGCCCAGCUAGAAGAGCUGGAGCCCAUCCUGGAAGAGCACAAGAAAAUGGAAAGGGAGUUAAGGAAGUUAGAAGAACAGAAGAAAGUGAACAAGGCACCCUUGAGAGGGUCUCUAUUGCGCACCUAUGUCUUGCAUAUCUUAACCCGUUCCGUGGUGGAAGUAGGUUUUAUGAUAGGCCAGUAUGUUUUAUACGGGCUUCAAAUGCAUCCCCUUUACAAAUGCACUCGGCCUCCCUGCCCUAACACAGUGGAUUGUUUUGUGUCCAGACCCACAGAGAAGACCAUCUUUAUGAUUUUUAUGCAUAGCAUCGCAGCUGUCUCCCUGUUCCUGAACAUCCUGGAGAUUAUCCACCUGGGACUAAAGAAGAUAAAGACAACCCUGCACGAGAGGCAAAGAAGAGAGACAGCGAUGGCAGAGGAGGAGACAAGCAUUUGCAACUUGAAGAAGAACUCGGUGGUACAGCAAGUUUGCAUCAUGAGAAAUUCCUCCCCCCAGAAUAGCUAUAAACUUUUGCCCACCCAGCAGGGGGGGCUGCCUGUUUAUCUGCCUCCAGCACAAGGGUACAAAGUGCUCCAGACCCCUGCUGAUCAUGGCCAGCGGGCAGUAGGGAUGGGUGCUGAGCAGCGCCGGUGCAGCACAGACAGGCCUAAGAGUGACCAGCACCAUGGACAGGUCCCUCGCCUGUACAAGCACCCAGAGCACCCCCAGGAAAGGGAGCAGCACCACAGACAGCUCCCCAACCAGAAUGUGGGACAGCCACCCAGACACCCUUCCUCCAGCAGCGAGGAGACCCACAAACAGCCCCAGCAGAGUGUUGAGAACUGCCCAGAGAGUGAACAGCACAUCCCAGAGCCGCCCAGAAACCCCGUGCAGCCAGCCAAGACCCCCACUAAUGCUGGUCCACUAGAGAUUUCCCAAGGCCCCCGCAACAUGCUCCGCAAACACAGCCGGGUGAGCAGCUGCAAAGAUUACGGGGAUGAUCGUGUUGACUCUCCAGACAGUGGGCACUAUCAGGGCAAUCGCAAGGCCAGCUUCCUGUCCAGGGUGCUGUCCGAGAGCCAGUUGGCCAGUGACACAGAGAGCUCCGAUUCCAGGAAUGGCUCCAGCUCUGAAGCCAAAUGCAGAGAGGAGAGCAGCCCUCCCAUCACCCCACCACCCCCUUCUGCAAUGGGUCGCAGGAUGUCCAUGACAAUCAGCAAAUACAAUGCGGAAGAAAAUUCUCAUUCUCUUAAAAAAAGAAUCAUCAUUUUCUUCUUUGCUGUUUCCAGUAUUGCCUGA